GUGACGCAGCCCAUGAGCGAAGCGAGCUCUUCACGGUGACUGUCUUCAGCCCUUGUGAUAUUUGACGAUGCACUAUACCCCCAGCUCGAAUCUCAAAACGGUGGAAGUGCAAAGGCGAGGUGCAUUUGGUCAAGUCGGUAACGCUCGUGGCUUUGGCGGAAGCGGUUUAGAACUAAGCUGUUGACGCGGACGUAUGGGCGCUCUCCCUAAGAAUCUUGGUUCCACUAAGUCAACAAGUUCAUCAUUUCAGUUUCGCGGGUCGUGUGGACUUCACUUGGCCUCCAGUUACUUGCAAAGGUCAAUAUAAACCUGUAUAGGGGCUGUAAAAUGUACUGGAACACUGUUUGCUAGAUUGUCAGUUCGCGCUCAACCUGAACCCAGGCUUGCUGCGGUACGACAUUGGCAUGUCACCGACCACUCAGCCGCAGAGAUCCAGGAAGUCUCAGAAGCAAUCUGGGAAAGAACGAGAAGAAAGCGAACGGCCAGCAGUUCAACUUCCCACUGCCUUCUUUCCCUUUGCGCGGUACACGUCCGUCGUCGGUGUACACACCAGCCUCAUCGCCUUCACUGCACUGUUCCUUCCACGGACGUCUCUGUCCUCACUAUUCAGAUCAUCGGCAGCAAACGGGCAAUUGGGUAAGCCCGACGAUGUUCUGCUCACUCUGACAGAAAAUCCGCUACGGACACUUGCUUGGAUCUGUGCUGGAAGCUGUGUGUUGCAAGUCUGGUGGGCCAGUUGGCUACGUAACUGGGCACUGGAUGCCCGUGCAGGUGUCACCGAAGGAGCAGAUGACACGACUCGACGCACGGAGCAAAAGCUGCUGAGAGAGGAAUGGAACAGCGGUCGAUUCGCGGUUGGUUUCAUUGAUAUAUUCGUACGAUGUACACUGAUGUAUAUUGUAUUACAGGCGUUCCGAAUGGCUUGUCUGGCUGCCGUUGUCACCUCAGUCGUCUUCUCCAUAGUCAUCAUACUAUAUGGAGCUCCACUAAACAGUCAUCUUCUCCGUACCUAUCUUUUAGGGCUUCUAGUUGCCUUGCUCUCCGUGUUCAGUGCUGCUUACACACUUGGUGUUCCUUCUCUUGGUUCAGACACCGAAUCUUUAGUACGGCGAUUGACCUGGAUCCGCCUGUUCGCGGAGCUUUCUCCGCGCACUCCAGUUGAGCGAGCAAUACUAUACCCUGCAAUAGGCACCGUUCUGGGAUGUUGGGUCGGCGCGAUUCCGAUAGGACUAGAUUGGGAACGUCCGUGGCAGGCGUGGCCUCUUACCCCCGCUUAUGGUGCUGUCUCGGGGUACAUCGUGGGCUCCCUGUGGGCACUUGCUAUUAAUGGAGUACGCCAACUCUACGAAAUCCAGUUGCGCGAAAACAGAGAGGCAGCAAGCGCGAAACGAUCGGAACCUCAGCACACCAAGAAGAAAGGGACGUGAAUCCAUAUAUCCCCUCCAUUGCUCUUCUAGUUGGGACAUGGUCUAAUUCUAUACAUCCUACGAGAUACACAUAUCUAUCACUAAUAUAUUGUUCGUUGAACGUCUAGUGAGCACACAUGUCGUUGAAGAUUAGGAGAUGAGGACUCGAAGGUCUCCGAUGGAUUUCGUGACAUAGUCAGGAACGGUGGGCGAAGCAUUUGGUCCAGUAAUAUCUGACUCCUUUGUGAUACCUGUGAGGACCAAGAGCGUAGCCAAACUCCCGUUCUUGCCAAAUUGAAUAUCAGUGUUCAGCCGAUCGCCAAUCAUAAUGGUACGCUUGGGAUCGAAGUCAUGCCUGUUCAAACCGUCAUAAUUAGUUCAAUGAACUACCAAACAAAGACGAUGCGACGUACUUCGCUUUGAUACACUCUAACAUAGUACCUGCAGGCUUCCCGAUACUAAUAGGGUCUCUUCCGAGAGCAAACCUUAGCGGUGCACCGAUCGAGCCUGCACCAGGGAGCAGACCUUCAGCACUUGGGUAUGUGCUGUCCUCGUUUGUGGCGAGGAAUAGACAUGCGGGGUCGCGUAGGAGGUAUUGGAAUGCUUUAGAUAACUUGGUAUAGUUGAUUGAGGUAUCGAGACCGCAGAGAACCGCUCCUACGGCGGGAUCUGGUGUCCAGUUCGCGAGAGUAAAUGGUUCGA